CAUGAGAACAGCAAUUGUCAGGGCUGCAGCUUUGGCUUUUCAUCCCUAGGAGUAAUUUCUGUUUCAGUUACACCUUCCAAGAACAACAUGUCUCAUAGCUGGGGAUACGAGACUGGCGUGAAUGGACCAGAGACAUGGCAUAAGAACUUUCCUAUUGCUCUUGGAAGCAGACAGUCCCCUGUCCAAAUUCAGAGCAAGGAAACGGAGUAUGACAGCUCUCUGAAACCCUUGGAGUUCCACUAUGAUCCCUCUUCUGCUAAAAGGAUUAUCAACAAUGGACAUUCUUUCAACGUUGAGUUUGAUGAUUCCUCUGAUAAAUCAGUGUUGUGCGGAGGACCCCUGGCUGACAAGUACAGGUUGGCCCAGUUUCAUUUUCACUGGGGCUCCAACGAUCAACCAAAAGGCUCUGAGCAUACUAUGAAUGGAAAACAAUUUGCAGCUGAGCUUCACUUGGUUCACUGGAAUACAAAAUAUGAGAGUAUCAAGAUCGCUUUGACUAAAGGUGAUGGAUUGGCUGUUGUUGGAGUUUUUUUAGAGGUGGGAAGUAAUCCUCUGCCAGGACUUGAGAAAAUCAUAGACGUUCUGGGUAAAAUUCAAACGAAGGGGAAAGAAACAACAUUCAAUGACUUUAAUCCUCGGGAUCUCCUUCCUAAUUCCUUGGAAUUUUAUACUUAUCCUGGUUCACUGACCACUCCUCCUCUCUUAGAAUGUGUGACCUGGAUUGUCUUAAACAUGCCCAUCACUGUGAGCCAUGAACAGAUGUCAAAGUUCUAUAGCCUUUACUUCACUUCUGAAGGAGAAACAUCUGCAAAACACAUGGUGAACAACUGGUGCCCAGUUCAAAACCUGAGUGGCAAGAAAAUUAGAAGAUCUUUCAGAUAAAGCCACCUAGUCUAGGCCAGUGUCUGAUAUGAAUUCCGGAGGAAAAUGACCUUCUAGCUAAGCACAAAUCAACUCCCAUUGCCUCUCU